UGCCAUGGCUGUCGUAGUCUCUGACCAAGAUGCAGAUGCAGGGGUUAUCAGAUCGUUUUCAGAAUCAACACCAUUUAGUUACAUUCUAAAGGUAGAGUCCUUUUCAUUGCUGACGGAUGAUUCAAUUGCGGAGACAAAUGUUAAAUGUGAAUCGGGGGUCUUUGGAGCCGGAGGAUACAAUUGGAAACUCGUGUUCUAUCCAAAUGGAAACAAGAAGAAGAAUGUAGAAGACCACAUCUCUCUCUACUUGGUAACCGCGGGAGAGAACUCACUCCAGCCUGGUGAGGAAGUAUAUGUUGAUUUCAGGUUAUUUUUGCUUGAUCAGAUAAAGAGCAAGUACUUGGUUGUUGAAGAUGCCAAUACAAGAAACUUUUGCUUUCGAGGGGAGAUGUCUGGUGCAGUCGGUUUUGAUAAACUUGUCUCUCUAAGGGACUUUACUGAUGCCUCCAAUGGUUAUCUAAUUGAUGAUAAAUGUGUGUUUGGAGCUGAGGUCUUUGUUUGUAAUGGAAGAAGACCCGUACCCCAAGCAGAUUGUCUAUCAAUAAGGAAGACUACCUCAGAGAAGUACAAGCAUACUUGGAAGGUUGGGAACUUUUCAAACUUAGCCGCUCAAUGCUAUGAAGAACGAUUCACUGCUGGAGGCCAGAAAUGGAAGAUAGAUCUCUAUCCCUCGGGAGACGGUGAUGGAAGGGGUACUCAUCUCUCUCUUUAUUUGUCAUUAGCUGAUCCAGAAGAUCUUCGUGAUGGCACCAAAAUAUCAACCAAUUUCUGCCUGCGCAUUGUAGAUCAAGUACAUGCAAUGCACUAUACUGGGAAUGAUAGUAAUUGUCUUUUCACUGGCGCUACUUCGAAUUUCGGUUGGGAUCAUUUCAUUGCACUGGACGAUUUCAGACGGGAAGACGGAGGGCUUUUGAGGGAGGAUACUUGCAUUGUGGAGGCAGAGUUCACGGUCAACAGAACUGCUAUGGAACUAAGUACCUUAGGCCAAAAUGACACUAAUUCGGGAAGAUGUAAAUGUCGAAAGAUUUGCUCAGGGAUCGCGCAGUUUGUGUGA